CUUCAGUAGCGGUCUGUACCGCGGCGUGUGAAUGUUUGAAUUCGGAUCGACUCCUCGAUAUAUCCGGUAUGUGACAUACGCGAGUGCAUCUUGACACUGGGAAAAGAAUCCCCGAAGAAAUACGAAGAGGAACGAUCCGCGCAUUUAUCGCGAGCCUCCGAAUUUUUUUUCCAAUUUUUUACUGAACUUUCCUUCACCGUGAAUGAACACGCACAAGCAGCAGCUACACGCGGCUUGAAGUCCGGCCACAGUAAGGCGUCAUGAAGGAGGUCCAGGAACAGCAGCAGCCGGAAUCAAUGGAAUCCAACGAGUCGGUUUCCGGCUCGAACGAAUACGCCUAUCGACCGCUCACGACAAAGCACAGAAGGGCCGGAAGUACCGGGACAACCGGUGACGAGGAAUACACCACGGACGAGGAUGAGCUCUACACGGAUGAGGCUGAUUGUUCGAUCGGCGCGACGCUGCAUCCGCCUCAUCCCAUCCUUAAAUCAGACCUCGCGAGGGCAGCCACGGACCUCUUCGGAUACGCCGCUAAGCGCGAGGACGAAGACGAAGAACCCACUAGUCUGUUCGAUGAGGAUGAUAACAAGUUCCUAGGUGAUAGUUUAACCAAAACCACUCCACUUAUCGCGUACAACGAAAAACUACAAGGUGUUCUAUCGAGACAUCGAAAUCCAUCAGAGGAGAAAAAGACAGUAAAACCCUGCGAGCUGAAAUCUCAGGACUUGAUUUUGGAGUCUACAAGUCAACAUACAAAACCCUUGGAUUUUCGAUUGAAUGCAACUGAAUCUGCGGGAGAAACAAGCAACGAAAAAAUUGAUACAGACUCGACAAAGGAUGACGAUUCCCACGAAUCCUCGAGAAGAUUCUCUCUUCCUAAAGAUACUAAGUCGGAAGUACCAUUGAAGCAAGAACUGUGCGUUCCUAAGAAAAACAGUACUCCGCCAUCGCCUACCACGUUGCAAUGGGAAAAAGCAGUGGCCGAAGUGAAGGAGCACGCGGUGGCGAAGCUGCAGGAAGAACUUAAAAGUGCUCAUGAAGAAUUGAAACUAAAAGACGAGGAAGUAGCCAGACUCUCGCGCAUCAGGCAAGAUGUGGAAGCCGAGCUGGAAGAACUCACUGCCAGUCUCUUUCAAGAGGCACAUAAUAUGGUUCGAGAAGCUAAUGUACGUCAAGCAACGGCAGAACGUCUCCUAGAAGAAAGUCGCAUGAAAUCGGAAGUGCUCGCAGCCGAAGUAGCAGCUUUGAAAACUUUGGUGCUCACAUCUACACCAUCAAGGCCCAAUCCCCAUUUGCAUCCUCAAAUCGAUACGAAAGGUCGUCUCAGUAAUGGGGAAGAGAGUCAGCAAGGCCUUUUUACGAAGAAACAUCGAAGAUCGCCGUCGCAUUUUAAUUUAAAAUACGGACGCGAGAAUUCUCCGCCUGAUUCACCGGUGAAGGAGCAAUGGCUACCCUUACCAACUGACAAGGAAAUUCUCGAAAGAGAUUGGAAGCGAGAACGCGAAAAGGAAAAAGAACGGGAAUGCAAAGACUUUGGUUUGGAAGUCGAUCCGAGAGUACAUACAGAAUUUCUCAGAUGGAAGGCGAAUCCUUGCGUUGACAAGAGCGAUUCCUUCGUCGCGAGGGUAUUUAGGGAGGAUAUCGACUUGUGUCUGGAUUUUCCUAAUAAAGAAUUGGGAACUAAAGUCAGACAAGCCGUCCUGGACGGUAUUAUUUUUAUCGAGGCGGUUAGCGACAAAACAAAACUCGCUUUUCCCAAAAAAUGCGCACUGUUGGAGGCGCCACGACAAUGUCAUUAUCGUAUGCGACUUGGUGACCAAGAGAAUCAAUGGUACUGCAUUUCGCAGAUCUGUCGCAAUCGAAUUAUAGCAGUGUGCGAUUUUCUUAAUUAUCUGAGAUACGUCGAGCGCGGCCUCGUCAAAAGCUCAGUUCAUGACGUGUAUUGGGAAAUCACGCGGCUGAGAAAGGAAAUGGUUUUCGCACGAUUGGGUCUGGCAUUGUCAUCCUGAGGUACGCGCAGACGGGAUGUUAUUUAGUCUCGAAUUAAUUCUAGCCAGGAAUUUUUUGGGAGUAGAAUCGAUCGUGCGUAGAUUGUGCAAAAAAAAAAAAAAUUGAUAGAAUUAGCGACGAUCUCGUCGAUCAUCGGCCUUUCGCCUAGCAAAAGAUGGUAGUUUUUAUUAUCACUUCUGAGAUAUUAGUCUCUCUUUAACUCUGUCAAAUAAUUCUGACGAUAACGAUGUUUCCAAGAAAUUUACAUAUUUGUUGAAGAGGCUAUAUUAUUUAUGAGAAAGUAAUUUAUUCAUGGAACUUGCUUCUAUUUUGAAUAUCUCACAGCGCGAUCAAUGAAUUAACUCGCUGUAUCAACUUUUUUCUACAUCUUUACUGACAUAAAGUUAACUCAGGAUUAGAUUGACAUUAAGUUCCAGUAAAAGAAGCGUCAUAUUUUUGCCGCGUAUGAAUUUCUUCGAAAUAUUGAUACCCUCUGUGGCAGAGGUCUUAGGUUUAGUUAUAUUUGCAAACAAGUUAAAAGGUGACAAUGAAGCUGAUUACAAGGCUGUGAAUGAUCUUGACAUGCGGAUCAGAUAUUACUGAUGGCUCUCCUAUAUGAAAAGUGUAAAUAAUAGAAGAGAUUUUUGAGAGAUAUUGUAUCAUGUUUUCUCAAGUUUAACUGAACAUCAUCAAACUUAUCGUUAAAUUCACUCGUAUGAAUUACAACGUUCAACAAUUGAAUUUCAACGUGUAAAUUACAAUACAACGGUUCAACGACAGUUUUGAAUCUAUUGACGUUUAUUCCAUGAGAUAGUUAACGGUUAACAAUCACCUUAUAUAAUCAUAUUAUAUAAAAUUACAUUACGUCGUGGUUUGGUAUUAACAUCGAAGAAGAAACACUCAGUGUGAAUUAUUUAUAUUUAAAUCUUAAUUUUUGAUUUGUCAUUGUAUAUUGAUGUCGUAUUAAUGAGUCGUCCCGAUGAUUAUUUUGUUGUAUUAAUUUAUCGAUUUGUACGUUGCGUUAAUUUCUAUUAAUAGCUUCCACUAAUUAAUGGUUGUUAAUUAUUAAUAUAUUAAAAUUCUUUAGUGUUUGUACCGAAUCCCGAGAUUGUAAAAUUGUCACUUAGAUCUAGUUAUACUCAUUGUUGGAUCAUGAUGACUAUAUAUUAUAUAUAUACAUUCGAUAUUAUUACUCUUAGGAAAGAGAUUUACAUCUGUGUGGACCAUACGAAUCUCCAAAUUCUUAGUGUACAUAGAACUCGGAACUUCUAUAUCAUGUCUCAUCUUCUACACGUCUAUCAUAAAGCAUCCGGUUGUACGGAACAUUUGUUUCUACUCUAUAAAUAUUAAUCAUGGCAUGUUGAAAGUAUAGAUUCUUUGACAGAGAUUACGUUAAUAAAUGUCAAUCAAGACUGAUAUUUACAUCAGUCAUGUAUUUUCAGAGAUUGUAUAUACAAAAUAUCUAUUAUAUAUUUUGUUUACUACGAAAAAAAUAUUUAUAAUGUUUUCCAUUUUGAAUCACGAUAUAUUCGAUAUAAUCGAUUCUUCGAGGUAAAUAAUCUCUGCAACAAUUCGCUUGAUUCGAAAUAUUAAAUUAGAAAAAUGAUCGAGAUGAAUAGUUAUUUCGAUUCUUAUAAAGCGAUGCUGAUUUAUUAAUAAGGCUUUUAUUUUGACUCUGUGUUGUCUUCCAUUAUUUAUCUUUAUUCGCUAUGACAGUGAGCAAAAAUAUGCAAAAUAAUUUGUGAAUUAUGUAACUCAUGCCAAGCGUACAAAUUGUGGCCAACGAUAAAAACGACUCUAACAGCACCACAUAUCCCGAAGACGUUCAGAGAACAUCCUGAAGAUGUUCGAAUGUUCUCUGAAUAUUCUCUAAAUAUCUUUCGGAUAUGUUGUGCUAUUAGAGGAAUGACGUUCUCUUAUUAUGGGGGACGUAGAAAAAGACUUCUUGUAAGCAGUUUUCUCCUGUGAAUAGAAAUGUGUUAAUUGUAUAUCAAAUGUGUAAAUAGCCUUCUAACAUUUCUUGAGAUAGAAACUUGUAUUUAAAAACGAAAUAUAAAUUAUCGCCAUUGCAAAAAUGU